CUCCGACCAUCCCUAAUUACACCGAUAUUAAAUUUCGCAAGGGAGUAAAAUUUGUUUUUAUUCGGUUCUGUUUUUCGGUUUUUGCUUAUCUGUCAUUGAUAGCGAACCUGAGAAUAUUUAAUGAUAGAUAAGUUCGUUAAUUAUAUCCAUUUUCCUUCGUUCUCCGUGUUGACAUCGUCAACAUUCGAUUUGGAACCAUGAAGACACGUUUCAAUACUUUUGAUAUAAUCUGCGGAGUGGCCGAACUGCAAAAGUUGGUGGGCUGGCGAGUGAAUCAGAUCUAUGACGUGGAUAACAAGACCUACCUUUUCCGGAUGCAAGGUACCGGUGCUGUGGAAAAGGUCACUCUACUGUUGGAAUCCGGCACCCGAUUCCACACAACCCGGUUCGAAUGGCCGAAGAAUAUGGCUCCGUCGGGUUUUAGCAUGAAGCUGAGGAAGCACUUGAAGAACAAGCGACUGGAGAAUAUCCAACAAUUGGGUGGAGAUCGUAUUGUGGACUUCCAGUUUGGUACCGGCGAUGCCGCCUACCAUGUAAUUUUGGAGCUCUACGAUCGCGGUAAUGUUAUUUUAACCGAUUAUGAGUUGACCACUCUGUAUAUUCUGCGUCCUCAUACGGAGGGCGAGAACCUGCGCUUCGCCAUGCGUGAAAAAUAUCCUGUGGAAAGAGCAAAGCCGGCUACUGAGGAACUGCAGCCGGAGGCUCUAGAGAAACUCCUAGAAAAUGCCAAGAACGGCGAUUACUUGCGACAGAUCCUGACGCCCAACUUGGACUGUGGUCCGGCAGUUAUUGAGCACAUACUCGUCUCUUACGGCCUGGAUAAUCAUGUUAUUAAGAAGGAAGGGGCGGAAGAAACUCCUGAAGCAGAAGAAAAAGCGGAAAAGGGCGGUAAAAAACAACGUAAAAAGCAGCAAAGUGCUAAACUAGAACAGAAGCCAUUUGAUAUGGUUAAUGAUCUGCCCACUCUUAAGCAGGCUGUAAAGUGCGCUCAAGACCUAAUAAGCGAGGGAAAAAGCGGAAAGACUAAAGGCUACAUCAUUCAGGUUAAGGAAGAGAAGCCUGCGGAAAAUGACAAAGUGGAAUUCUUCUUCAGAAACAUCGAAUUUCAUCCUUACCUAUUUGUUCAAUUCAAAGACUUUGAGAAGGCCACCUUCGAGUCCUUUAUGGAAGCUGUUGAUGAAUUUUACUCUACGCAGGAAUCGCAAAAGAUUGACAUGAAAACUCUGCAUCAGGAGCGCGAAGCCCUAAAAAAACUGUCCAAUGUUAAAAACGACCACGCCAAGCGUUUGGAGGAGUUAACCAAAGUCCAGGAUGUGGACAGAAAAAAGGCAGAGCUUAUUACGUCCAAUCAAAGUCUUGUGGACAACGCCAUUCGAGCUGUUCAGUCAGCAAUUGCCAGUCAGUUAUCCUGGCCCGAUAUCCACGAGCUGGUGAAGGAAGCCCAGGCAAAUGGUGAUGUCGUUGCUAGUUCAAUCAAACAGCUGAAACUGGAGACGAACCAUAUAUCUUUAAUGCUCAGUGAUCCUUAUGAUAACUAUGAAGACGAAGACCUUAAGACACCCGAGGUGACCGUUGUGGAUGUUGAUUUGGCUCUGUCUGCUUGGGCGAAUGCUCGCCGCUAUUAUGAUAUGAAACGUUCGGCUGCUCAAAAAGAAAAGAAAACUGUGGAUGCCUCCCAAAAGGCUCUGAAAUCUGCGGAGCGAAAGACGCAACAAACGCUCAAGGAAGUAAGGACCAUUUCAAACAUUGUGAAGGCACGCAAAGUUUUCUGGUUCGAAAAGUUUUACUGGUUUAUUAGUUCAGAGAAUUAUUUGGUUAUUGGAGGAAGAGAUGCUCAGCAAAACGAACUUAUUGUUAAAAGAUAUAUGCGUCCGAAAGACAUUUAUGUGCAUGCCGAGAUUCAAGGUGCUUCUAGUGUUAUUAUUCAGAAUCCCACUGGAGAAGAUAUACCUCCUAAAACGCUGCUGGAAGCGGGAUCUAUGGCUAUAUCCUACAGUGUGGCCUGGGAUGCCAAGGUGGUAACCAAUUCAUAUUGGGUGACAAGCGACCAAGUCAGCAAAACCGCACCAACUGGAGAGUAUUUGGCCACUGGUAGCUUUAUGAUUCGAGGAAAGAAGAACUUCCUACCUUCCUGCCACCUUACCAUGGGAUUAAGUUUACUUUUCAAGUUGGAGGACAGUUUUAUAGAGCGCCAUUUGGGAGAGCGUAAGGUUAGAAACCUAGACGAUGAUCCUAUUGAGCAAAGUGUAAAAGAAACCGAAGUUGAACAUGACCUUUUGUCCGAACCAAGUGAAGAUAGUGAAACAAUUCCCGCUGCUAAUGUAUCGGAACCAAGUUCCACUACUGAGAUAACUGCUUUCCCGAAUACGGAAGUAAAAAUUGAACAUGAUACCGGUCGCAUAACGGUUCGAUCUGACUCUAUAAACCCGGAAAACGAAGAGACUGAAGAGAAUGAAGUUGUUGUCGAUAAAAUCCCAAGUAAAGCCGUGGAUGAGGAAACAACCAUUAUUUUGGCUGGUCCAAGUCGCAAAAAGCAAGUGAGUGCUAAAAAGUCUAAAGAAGACAAAGCACGAGCCGCAAAACAAGAAGCUGCCAAACAGGAAGUUACUCCUGUUGAUACAGAGCCCAAAAAUACGUCGCAGGUGAAGAGAGGUCAGAAGGGAAAACUAAAGAAAAUUAAGCAAAAAUACAAGGAUCAAGAUGACGAGGAACGGGAAAUACGUAUGAUGAUACUGAAGUCUUCUGGCAAGGAGAAACCUCAGGCAAACACUGAUAAUGUGGUGGAGAAGAGUGUGGCGAUUAAGGAGCAUGUGAAGCCAGAACGAAAUGCAGCUCCCAAAAAUCCAGUGGAACUGGAUGAUGCCGACGAAGUUCCCACAGGUGGGGAUGUGGAUAUACUCAACAGUUUGACUGGGCAGCCGUUGGAAGGAGAUGAGCUUCUGUUCGCGAUUCCUGUAGUGGCUCCCUAUCAAGCUCUACAAAACUACAAGUAUAAAGUAAAGCUUACGCCAGGAACCGGCAAAAGAGGAAAGGCUGCGAAACUAGCCCUUAACAUAUUUGCCAAGGAAAAGGGCUGCACUACUCGGGAGAAGGACUUACUGAAAAGUAUAAAGGAGGAGUCGCUGGCAAGAAAUAUACCAGGAAAGGUCAAGCUAUCAGCCCCACAGCUUCAAAAGUACCACAAAUAAAUAAAAUGUAUACAAAAUGUUGCGCCAUAAUUAUAAGAAGUGUUUUAAAUGCUUUAAAAAAGUGCUAGUUGAAUGAAUAAAAGAGAAUGUAUACAGAA